UAUCAAGGAGGAUAGAAGGCUAUAGAAGGCACUAUCCUCCUUGUUUUUGUUUUUUUUGUUGUUAAUUUACUGCUUGUCACUUGAAAUGAAUUUACACGUUAAUUCAUGAAACUAUUGAAAUGUUUCAUGUUGUAAAAAGAAUUCUAAUUAUUUCGUGCAAUAUGGACAACAUAGACUUCCUGUCUGCUUCUUGACGUCUUUUUCGAGAGUUGUUUACUUUAGUUCUUAUAUUUUAGUAAUGAAUUUUGCUUUAAAUUUUUAAUCUCCUCAUGUUUAGAAAGAGUAAAAAACCAUCGGGGAAAGUGUUCCCUGUGCGUGUUACGACGAUGGAUGCUGAACUGGAAUUUGAUUUAGAUUUAAAAGCUACUGGAAGAGAUCUUUUCGACUUAGUGUGUCGAACUAUCGGGCUUCGGGAGGUAUGGUAUUUUGGCUUGCAGUACGUUGAUUCUGAAGGCUUUGUAGCCUGGUUAAAGCUAGAUAAAAAAGUAAGAGAUCAAGAUAUUCGUAAAAAAUUGCCAGUUUCAUUUUUAUUUUUAGCAAAGUUUUAUCCGGAAGAUUUAUCUGAAGAAUUAGUCCAAGAAAUUACUCAGCAUUUAUUUUUCUUGCAAGUUAAACAAGCUGUUCUUAAUAUGUCAAUAUAUUGCCCACCAGAAGCAUCUGUACUGCUUGCCUCUUAUGCUGUACAAGCGAAAUAUGGUGAUUAUGAUGAAGCAACUUACAAACCUGGAAUGUUGGCAAAUGAAGAUCUUCUUCCUCAACGUGUCAUAGAUCAAUAUCAAAUGACUCCAGAAAUGUGGGAAGAACGAAUCAAGACAUGGUAUGCUGAUCAUAAAAAUAUGACACGUGAUGAAGCUGAAAUGGAAUAUUUGAAAAUUGCUCAAGACCUUGAUAUGUAUGGAGUUAACUAUUUUCCAAUUUGUAAUAAAAAAGAGAGUGAACUGUGGCUAGGAGUGACUGCACUUGGUUUAAACAUAUAUGAGAAAAAUAACAAAUUAACACCCAAAAUAACCUUUCCUUGGAAUGAAAUUAGGAAUAUAUCAUUUGAUAAUAAAAAAUUUACAAUUAAACUUGUUGACAGAACUUCUCCUUCAUUCCAGUUUUAUUCUUCCAAAAUAAGGAUGAAUAAGUUAAUAUUAGAUUUAUGUGUUGGUAACCAUGAUCUGUUCAUGCGACGUCGUAAACCAGAUUCCAUGGAAAUUCAACAAAUGAAAGCACAAGCCAAAGAAGUUCUACUCCGUAGACAGAUUGAACGGAAUAAACUUUCUCGUGAAAAGCAGCUGCGAGAAGAGAUUGAAAGAGAAAAGGCAGAUCUAGAACAAAGGAUGUUGCAGUAUCAAGAAGAAGCCAGAGUAGCACUAGAAGCAUUGCGUCGAUCUGAAGAAACUGCUGAACUUCUGGCUGAGAAAGCAAGAAUAGCUGAAGAAGAAGCUAUGUUGCUGACACAGAAAGCAUCUGAUGCUGAAGCAGAGAUUCAGAGAGUCAAAAUAAGUGCCAUAAAGACAGAGGAGGAAAAGAAGUUAAUGGAAAGAAAAGCUCACGAAGCUGAACUAUUGGCUACCAGAAUGGUACAAGAGUCGGAACGAAGAGCCAAAGAAGCUGAAAAGUUGAAAGAAGAGCUUAUUAAAGCACAGAUGUCUGAAAAAGAUGCCAAAGAAAAGCUGCAUGAAAUAUUUAAGAACAGUUAUUCCAAAUCCUAUAUAUCAAAUUCUCCUGUUGAUGUCCUAAAUGUAGUGCCAAGACAGUAUCCCGAGCUACAACUAGAACCUAACAUGAAUGCUGCUAAUAAUUCUGUUACAUAUGAUCUAAUUUCUGACCAUGAAAUGGAAAAGUUAACUUUAGAAAUUGAAAAAGAACGUGUGGAAUAUUUAGAAAAAAGUAAACAUUUACAGGAACAGUUGUUAGAACUAAAAACUGAAAUUGAAGUAUUGAAAGUUGAAGAUAAUAUUACUUCCCUAGAUCAUAUAUAUGAAGAUAAUGCUGAUCGUGGAGAAAAUAAAUAUUCAACUCUAAGAAGAACAAAAUCUGGAUCUACCAAAACUCGUGUUGCUUUCUUUGAAGAAUUAUAGCAUUUGGCAUAUUAUGAGGUAAGCAAGAUUAAAAUCAGUAAAAGAAUAGGAUUGGUAUAUUAGAGCAAUUUACAGUGUUUUAUCAACAGUUUCUUUUGUACAGAAGAAAUAUAUUUUCAUCUGAACAUAAAUUUAAUGAAUUCUAUUAGUUUAUACAUAGCUUUUUAAUCUCAUUUAUGUGAUAUGUCUGUGUUGUAAUUUUCAAAUAUUGUCUAGGUACUGUUUCCUAAUUUUGGGGUUCAUGAAUCCUUUGGGAUUCUUUGAACUUCUCUAAGAGAUGCAUGAUACCUAAUUUAAUUAUCUGUACAUCUCUUCUGCCAAAUGUCAACUAAAAGAUUUAUAAAAGCAUAUUCUUAAAAAUUUUUAAGCUGUUAGUAUUGCUUCUCUGCUAAGACUGCAACAACUUAUUAAAAAAAAAUGUUGCUUGAAUUAUAAAAAAUUAUUCAGCUUUUAAUUUUAUCAGCGUACAAAUUUCUUUAUAAUUGAUUAUGUCCUAAUGGGUCAUUGUUUCUUCUCACUUUACAUUUUUGUUAAAAUAUUGGAGAUAUUUAAUGUUUUGUUAAAUUUUUGUUAAAAUUAUUCACAAGACUUGUUUUGAUAAAUAGGCACUUAUGCUUGACAUGAAUUAAGGCCAGAUACAUGGGAAAAAAGAAUGAAAAUAAUGCUAAUUGCAUUAUGGAAUGUAUACAAAAGAAGUAUUUGAUUUAAUAAUUCCCAUCUGUUUGAGAAGUUUUAACUGAUAAAUUUGGAAAAUAAUUAAAAAAUAAAACCAUCUAAAAAUAAAUACAAGAUUAAAAGUGUAGUUAUUAAGUGCUAUGUUUCCUAUUUGAAUUUUUCU